CAGAUUAACUCAUAUAAAUGUCAUAAGCAGUGCAAUUACCUAUUUUGAGAAAAGUUUUCCAUUUAUUCCUGUUUUCUGUGUGAAUUUCAAUGGAUCAGCGUGAUGGCUUAUCAGUAAAAAAUCCCUUCCUUAGACCAUGGUUACGCCAGUAUGGAGCUGCAGCUGCACCAGGAGGUAAAGGAAACAUUGGUUUUAAAGGAAUUAUAGCUGGAGGAAUAACAGGGGGUAUUGAAAUAUGUAUAACUUUUCCUACUGAAUACGUUAAAACCCAACUUCAGUUAGACGAGAAAGGUGACAGAAAAAAGUACGAUGGAAUUGUUGAUUGCGUCAAGAAGACCGUUAAAAGAUACGGUUUUUUUGGUCUGUAUAGGGGAUUAAGUGUGUUGUUGUUGGGUUCUGUACCGAAAAGUGCAGUACGAUUUGGUGCUUUUGAAACUUUUAAAAAUCGGAUAAAGAAGCCAGAUGGCACUCUAUCUCCUGUUGGUAGAAUGCUCUGCGGGUUAGGGGCUGGUGUAAGUGAAGCGAUCUUAGUUGUAACUCCCAUGGAAACGAUUAAAGUAAAGUUUAUUAAUGAUCAAAGAUCGGCAGAACCACGAUUCAAAGGAUUAAUUCGUGGUGUAGCUACCAUUAUCAAAGAAGAAGGUUUGGGUGGUACAUACAAAGGAAUGACGGCGACUGUAUUAAGACAAGGAACUAACCAAGCUACACGAUUUUUUAUAAUGGAAACUUUUAAGGACUAUUACAGAGGUGGAGAUGUAAAUGUGAUAAUUCCAAAACCUAUUAUUGGAAUCUUUGGAGCUUUUGCCGGCCUUUGUUCUGUAUAUGUUAACAAUCCAGUUGAUGUAGUCAAAACAAGAAUGCAAGGUUUGGAAGCAAAGAUGUACAAAAAUACAUGGGAUUGCGCAGUAAGAGUGUUUACGAAUGAAGGUCCAAGAGCGUUCUACAAGGGUGUCGUACCAAGAUUAGGCCGAGUUUGCCUUGAUGUGGCCAUUACCUUUAUGAUAUAUGAUAGUAUUCAAGAACUCUUUGCUAAAUAUUGGUGAAGGGCUGAUUUGGAGCUUAUAUUUUAAAAAUUGUUUUUAAUUUGUAUAAUAUAACAUUUUUUAGUGAAGAAAAUUUAUUAUAAAAUAGUUGCAA